UUUUGAUAUAAAUUCCUGCCUGAGCAAGCCUUGCAGUUUCUGCUUCCUGUUUGUGGCCAUCCUAUAUAGCAGCACAGACUCAGGCCUGAGAGCUGAUCAUGCCACUGAACCAACUUCAUAGCUGGCUGAAUGCUGUAGUCUUUGGGCUCCUGUUUCUCCUUCUCCAUGUGCAGGGUCAGGACUCAUCAGAGACCAGCCCCAUCAGGAACACACACACAGGCCAGGUCCGAGGCAGCCUCAUCCAAGUGAGUGACACCAACAUUGGUGUCCACAGAUUCCUGGGAAUUCCCUUUGCCAAGCCACCUGUAGGAUCACUGCGCUUUGCACCUCCUGAAGCCCCUGUACCAUGGAGUGGUGUGAGGGAUGGAAGCUCACAUCCAGCCAUGUGUCUGCAAAACCUUGAAAUGAUGAAUGUAGAAGGCGUGAAUGAUAUGAAACUGACAGUGCCUCCUCUCCCUAUGUCUGAGGACUGCCUUCAUCUCAACAUCUAUGCACCAGCUCAUGCCCACGAGGGCUCUAACCUGCCUGUGAUGGUGUGGAUCCAUGGUGGUGGACUGGUGGUAGGAAUGGCUUCUUUCUAUGAUGGAUCCAUGCUGGCAGCCAUUGAAGAUGUGGUGGUGGUCACUAUCCAGUAUCGUUUGGGUGUCCUGGGCUUCUUCAGCACUGGAGACCAGCAUGCCAGAGGCAACUGGGGCUACCUGGACCAAGUGGCUGCCCUACGCUGGGUCCAGCAGAAUAUCGCCCACUUUGGAGGCAACCCUGACCAGGUCACCAUUUUUGGCGAGUCAGCAGGUGGCACAAGUGUGUCUUCACUUGUUGUGUCCCCCAUGUCCAAAGGACUCUUCCACAGAGCUAUUAUGCAGAGUGGAGUAGCCCUGUUGCCUGGCCUUAUCACAGACACCCAUGAGAUGAUCUAUUCUAUGAUUGCCAACCUGUCUGGAUGUGAGGGUGUGGACUCAGAGGCCCUGGUGCACUGUCUGAGAGGCAAGAGUGAAGCGGAGAUUCUGCUCAUAAAUAAGAUCUUCAACAUCAUCCCUGCUGUGGUGGAUGGAGUGUUUCUACCCAGGCAUCCCCAAGAAUUGUUGGCGUCUGCAGAUUUUCACCCUGUCCCCAGCAUCAUAGGUUUUAACAGUGAUGAAUAUGGUUGGAUCAUCCCCUUGGUCAUGGGCUCUGCCAGUACAAUAAAGGAAAUAACCAGAGAGAACCUGCAGCCUGUUCUGAAGAAUGCAACAGCACAAAUGAUGCUGCCUCCUGAGUGUAGUGACCUGCUAAUGGAAGAGUACAUGGGGGACACAGAGGACCCACAGACCCUCCAAAUGCAGUUCACAGAAAUGAUGGGAGACUUCAUGUUUGUCAUCCCUGCACUCCAAGUAGCACAUUUUCAGCGUUCUCAUGCCCCUGUCUACUUCUAUGAGUUCCAACAUCAACCCUCCUUUGUAAAAGAUACCAGGCCACCCCAUGUGAAGGCUGACCACGGUGAUGAGAUUCUUUUUGUCUUUGGGCCCUUCUCCUUUGGCAUGAAACUUGACUUCACUGAGGAGGAGGAGCUACUGAACAGGAGGAUGAUGAAGUACUGGGCUAACUUCGCAAGACAUGGGAACCCCAACAGUGAGGGUCUACCCUACUGGCCCAUGUUGGACCAUGAUGAGCAGUACUUGCAGUUGGACAUCCAUCCUGCUGUGGGCCAAGCUCUGAAGGCCAGAAGGCUACAGUUCUGGACCAAGACUCUACCUCAGAAGAUCCAGGAGCUAAAGAGGUCCCAGAAUAUGCACCAAGAGCUGUAGUGCCCUGUGUGAAGAAUGGCAUGUGGGGUUGCCUGCUGGUGGAGUCAGUUUGAGAUUCCCAAAAUAUAUUGAGGAACCUGGAUUGAUUCUAGCAUUUACAUAACCUCUGCAUUUGUCUGUUCUUCUAAGUUUAUCACAAAUCCUCUGUAUGGGACUCUUUAUUCUGCUUGGGUCAUCUUUAGUCAGACCCACUCAAUAAAUGCUCAAAUAACAUUGUGCAUUUGUGAGCCCCAAAGUAACCAUCAUUUUUCACACUUCACUGGUACUAGGCCCCUUUCUUCCUCCCUUAAUAUCUCAUCCUCACUGUCAUCUUCCCUCAAAUCAAAACCCUCUUUAAGUAAAGCAAAAGCUUUGGAAAAUGUUUAUUUGUAUUCUUAUGAGAAUCCAUAUCGUACAUGUUCUCUGUUAUCAAGUUCAUACUUUUGGAGACCAUGAAGUCCAGGGUUAAGAUAUCAAUGGUAUUUCAUUAUUGUGAUAACGAGCUUUGUGACACAAAGAUGAUAGAUACUUGUGUUUUCACUGAUAGAUACAAUAAUUAGUAGUUCUCAUGACCCAGAUCUUCAAUAGAUCUCACUUUCACUAAUGUUACAUUGGAGUCUAAGUUUCAAUAUAGGAAUAGAUACAAAACACAACAUAUAGAGGGUUCCAUGUCAGUCACUAGAUUUGAAAACAUCCCAAAGUAUCUCUGCUUGUUGUGUUUGUAGAUUAAAUAUCAAAUACAAUUUCA